AUGGAAGGUAUGAGGGUGAUUGGGUUGAUGGGAAGUAUGAUGGGUAUGGGGUGGAGAGCUGGGCAAGGGGGAGCCGAUACAGGGGACAAUACCGGCUGGGUCUGCGUCAUGGAUUCGGGGUGUAUCAGUUCUAUAAUGGAGAUAGCUAUGCCGGGGAGUGGCUCGGCGGGCAGAGCCAUGGGAGUGGAGUGCCAGACUUGCUCUGAUGGGAGCUGCUAUGUAGGGGAAUUCAUGUGUGGAGUUAAGCAUGGGCUCGGCUACUACCAUUUCAGAUCGGAUGAGAUCUCGAAUGGUGAUGAAUACAGUGGUGAGUACUUCGGAGACAAAAUCCAUGGUUUUGGAGUCUAUCACUUUGCUAAUGGCCACUGCUAUGUGGGCUCAUGGCAUGAAGGCCGGAGACAAGGUUUCGGAACAUACACAUUCCGAAAUGGUGAAAUGAGAUCGGGGGAGUGGGAUUGUGGUGUUUUAAAGAUCCCCCUCCUCCCAUCAGAUCCUGCUGCCCAACGAGCUGUUCAGGCUGCAAGAAAGGCUGCAGAGAAUGCUGUUCUCCUUGCCCGGGUAGAUGAGCAGGUAAAUAAGGCUGUCGCUGCUGCAAAUAGAGCUGCCAUUGCUGCUAGAGUUGCUGCAGUCAAAGCCAUCCAGAACCAGAUGGAUGCAAAGUUUUAUUACACAAAUAUGUAAGGUUAUGCCUCAUUUAAUUUGUAAACUUGUGGAGAGCUAGCAAUCAGGCAGGCAGAUUCCUACCUGAUCUGAGUUAAAGAAUGAAGAGUGAGAUAAGAAACUGACAACAGAUGCUUGGGAUCUGGUCUACAGACCCACAAUCCCUCCCAUGUCUGUAAUAUGUACAUAAGCCCACAUAUAUGUGAUCUGAAUUGAGUUUCUCAGA